GUCCAUGGCAGACAUAGAAACUGCACACACUAGCCUUAACCGCGUCUCAGCCUUGAUAAAUACGGUGUUUGCUGGGGAGGCGCCAGAUGAUGUCGUGGAAAGCCUUUACCAAUGGAAGAUGUGGGAGGCUCGCAAACAAAACUCCUUAAUUCUUCACUGGACCGGCAACCCUGCUGAACGUCCUGCUCUGAAGCGUCUGCCACGCCAUGACUUCAGCGAGUUACCGGCUGGCGUUAUUUUUCCCCAGACCAUUGAGGCAGCAGCUCUCCUUGGUCGGGACGAAUUACAAGCACUACUCCAUGCUUAUGGUCAGCCCACCAAUGGCGAACCCCAGGCCCUUCUGUUUCGCUUUGUGUCGUAUAUUACCACAAAUCAGUAUCAGUGAUUGUUCAACCGGAGCAAGAAGUCCAAUGUUACAUUUAACAUACAUAUAUGCUGUUUAUGUGACGCCAGCCGCUUUGCCGUGGUUAUGUUUCGCAUAUUUGGAUGUAUGCCUUCUUUCUGUG